AUGGUCAAGAUAAAAAAAAGAGAUUUACAUAUACCGCACAGAUGUAGUAGUUUGCCUGCAAAGUUUAAAAAACUACUGGUACCUGGAAGAAUUCAACAUAUACUAUGUACUGGUAAUUUGUGCACCAAAGAAUCAUAUGAUUAUUUGAAAACUUUGGCAAGUGAUGUACAUGUUGUCAGGGGUGAUUUCGAUGAAAAUCUAAAUUAUCCCGAGCAAAAAGUUGUUACUGUGGGUCAGUUUAGAAUUGGCUUGUCACAUGGUCACCAAGUUGUUCCUUGGGGAGAUCCAGAAUCAUUGGCUUUAAUUCAAAGACAGUUAGAUGUUGAUAUAUUAAUAUCUGGUCAUACUCAUAAGUUUGAAGCUUAUGAACAUGAUAAUAAAUUUUACAUUAACCCCGGUUCAGCUACAGGAGCAUUUAACCCGCUAGAUUCAUCAGUCAUUCCAUCUUUUGUUUUAAUGGAUAUACAGAGUUCUACUGUGGUUACUUAUGUGUAUCAGUUACUCGGUGAUGAUGUAAAAGUUGACAGAAUAGAGUAUAAAAAAAGUUAA